AUGGCGAUCACUAAAUCCCCUGCGGAGAAGUCUGAUGCUGGAUCCAAAGCGGCCCAGACCAGGGUCCCCUCGCCGCAAGCAGACAAUCGGCGUGAAGGUGUUGUGGUGGACGAGACUGACGAUCUCCAAGCCUCGAUGCGCACCAUCAUGGCGAUGCAAUUGAGGACUGACUCCAACAUGGAGGAGGUGAGAGCUGAGGUUGAAGAGGCCAAGCGAGAUCGUGACAUGAUCAUGCAGAUCCUCGCCGGCAUGCAGGAGGAGCAGAGGCGGUUGGCGGCGGCGUUGGGGCUUGGAGGAGGCGAUCGGUGCGAGGAGGCGGCGGCCAAGGCGAGCCAGACAGCGGCGGUGAGCCAGCACGCGGGCGCCGGAGGAGGGAAGCUGACGGCGGCCUCGGCGGCUAGCGCGGCGGCGGCUGUCCCGGCUGCUGUCGGCGCGGGGGCGGGGCCCGGAGGAGAGGCGACGGCGGCCACCCUAGGGCAGGCGGGAAAUGAUCGGGUGGGCCCAGGGACCGAUGGGCCUCGAAGCGGACCCGGGCUGCUACCGACUCCGACGACUGAGGAGAUCGCGGCACUACGUGGGAAGACGAAGAUGCCGGGCUACGACAAUGUGGUCCAAAACCCCUGUUUCAAACCAAUGGGCCCGAGCCCAAUGGAGGGUGAGAUGGGUCGGGGACAGCGGGCCGGAGACGGGCCCGAGCGGGCAGGCGGGGCAAAGCGGGCCAUGGUGAACCGACCGGGUCCAGAGAGCCGGACCGGGCUGGGCCGACGGCGGUCGGACCGGGCCUGGGUGGAUCGAGGCUGGUCGGACCGUAGUUGGGUGGACCGACAGCGGCCGAACCAGGGCCAGGUGGACCACCAAUGGCCAAACCGGGGUGGGCCGAUUUGCAAGCGAACUUCACCGGUUCGGGCUGACUCCGGAUGGCCGACCAGGGGCUGA